AAGGUUUCAGAAAACUUAAAGCGCCUUGUUUCAGUCCAGAUUGGUCGAAGUUUCAUUAAACCUGUUGAGCGAAUACGAAAUAUUGGAAUAUCUGCGCAUAUAGAUUCUGGAAAAACAACAGUUACAGAAAGAAUACUUUAUUAUGCAGGAAGAAUACAGCAAAUGCACGAGGUUAAAGGAAAAGACGCAGUUGGUGCUUUUAUGGAUUUCAUGGAUUUGGAGCGAGAGCGAGGUAUUACUAUUCAAUCCGCUGCUACUUAUGUGGAUUGGCAUGGCACAAAUAUCAACAUUAUAGAUACACCUGCAUUAAAUAAAAAUAAAAAAAUUUUGGGUCAUGUGGAUUUCACGGUUGAAGUUGAACGGGCGCUUCGAGUUCUUGAUGGUGCAAUCUUAGUACUUUGUGGAGUUGGUGGUGUUCAAAGUCAGACUUUUACUGUUAAUCGUCAAUUGACCCGAUAUAAUAUUCCAUUUAUCGCAUUUGUAAAUAAAUUGGAUAGAACUGGUGCCACACCUUUUCGGGCAUUAGAAGGAAUGCGCAAAAAGCUUAGACAUAAUUCAGCUCUUCUUCAUCUGCCAAUUGGACUCGAAGGGAAUUUCAAGGGUAUCGUCGACUUAAUCGAGGAAAAUGCUAUUUAUUAUGAAGAGGAUGAUGGUUCAAUUAUACGUAAGGAUGAAAUUCCAAGAGACAUGAGGCAACAAGCAAAAGAUUAUCGCCAGGAACUAAUCGAAAAUCUUGCAAAUGGUGAUGAUCAAAUAGCAGAAUAUUUUAUAAAUGAAACAGUGCCAUCUAACGACGAAAUUCACUCAAGUAUUCGGAGAGCUGUUAUAAAUAGAAAAUUCAUUCCUAUUCUGUUAGGUUCAGCACUUAAAAAUAAAGGUGUACAGACCGUAUUGGACGCAGUAGUAAAAUAUUUACCAAAUCCUGCAGAAGUGAAAAAUCGUGCCAGUAUUUUAAAUGAAGAAACAGAUACUGAGGAAACUAUUAUAUUGAACCCAACUCGCAGUAAUGAAGAACCAUUUGUUGGAUUGGCUUUCAAGUUGGAGGCAGGAAAACACGGCCAGUUAACAUAUUUUCGUGUUUAUCAAGGUCAGUUGAAUAAAGGCGAUACUUUGUUAGCUACUCGAGAUGGCCGGCGUGUCAAAGCACAACGUAUAGUUCGAAUGCACGCCAAUUCUAUGGAGGACAUUGACGUUACUUAUGCAGGUGACAUAUGUGCUAUUUUUGGAGUCGAUUGCUUUUCUGGCGAGACUUUCACAAAUAAACCAACAUUUAAAGAAUCAAUGCACAUUCCAAAACCGGUUAUUUCUAUGUCGAUGGCACCUGUAGAUAGAAAAGAUGCGGACAAUUUCAUGAAAGCGCUAAAUCGAUUCACCAAGGAAGAUCCUACUUUUAUUAAAUCAUAUAUUCCAGAGGCUAGAGAGACUGUGGUUUCAGGCAUGGGCGAAUUACAUUUGGAAAUUUAUGCGCAAAGGAUGAAAAAUGAAUUUAAUUGUCCUGUUCAAUUAGGAAAACCAAAAGUGGCUUAUCGAGAAUGUUUAUCAAAACCCUAUAACUUUUAUUACCGUCAUAAAAAGCAAACCGGAGGUCAAGGGCAAUUCGGUGUUAUUGAUGGUAUUAUUGAACCACUGCCACCUGAAAAAAAUACUAUUAUUGAAUUUGUAGAUGAAACGGUCGGAGGAUGCAUCCCAAAGAAUCUUUUCCCCGCCUUGAAAAAGGGUUUGGAUAAAAUAGUGGCUGAAGGGCCAUUAAUUAAAGCACCAGUCACUGGAAUAAAAGUUCGUAUUUUGGAUGGAGAAACUCACUUGGUGGAUUCAACCGAAAUCGCUAUGAUAAAUACGAUGAUGAACAUGAUGAGAGAAGCUUACGAAAGAGCCGAAUGGAGAUUAAAUGAACCUAUAAUGAAAGUUGAAGUUACAAUCCCUUCUCAAUAUCAUGUAAAUUUAUCAUUUAAUCUUUUUGGUUAUGUACCAUUGAGCGAUAUGUUUGGAUAUAUGACUGAGCUCCGUUCUAUUACUCAAGGCAAGGGUGAAUUUGUUAUGGAAUAUGCAAGGUAUUCACCGACUACUGCAGAAGGUCAAGAGAAAAUUAUAAGAGAAUGGAAAAUUCUUAAUGGUUUAAUAGAUCCUAGUGAAAAAGCUAAAAAAAAAGGAAGAUGA